AUGACAAGAGAAAUUACAUCGACAGAAGCAGAAGAGACAGCGAGAAACGGAAACAUGAAGGACUUGUAUAACGCCACAAAGAAAUUGCCCGGAAAGUAUAGCAAGCCAGAAAGGCCAGUGAAAAGCAAAGAUGGGAAGACACUUAAAGGAGAAGAGCAACAAUGCAACCGAUGGAAAGAAUACUUUGAAAGGCUGCUGAAUAGACCAGCACCACCCAAUCUGCGAGAUAUACCACCAGCAGAGAAACACCUCCCCAUAGACAGCAACACUCACCAAACAGGAAAUCUGUUAGGCAAAAAAGCAGUUGAAGAACGACAAAGCAGCAGGCCCAGACAGUAUUCCAGGUAUGACCUGGCACUACUGUCCCAUACCCGACAACAAAAGCAGGAGAAGACCAACAACCUAGCAUCCACCUCAGCGCAAGUAGGUCUAAACCUAAACAAGGGGAAGAUCAAGAUCCUCAAGGUUAACACCAUCAGUAGCGAACCGAUCAAGCUGGAAGAUGAGACACUAGAAGAGGUGGAGUCUUUCACAUACCUGGGAAUUGUCAUCGACAAGCUGGGUGGAACUGGUGUUGAUGUGAGAGCUGGAAUAGGAAAAGCCAGAGCAGCAUUCCUACAACUGAAGAACAUGGAAUUCCAAAGAGCUGACUCUGCAGACCAAGAUCAGGCAAACGUCAAGUCGGUUCUUCUCUACAGUGCUGAAGCCUGGAGAACAACAGUGGCAACAGUCAAGAAGGUCCAGAAUUUUAUGAAUUCUUGUCUGCGAAGGAUGCCCCAAAUCUGCUGGCUGAAAACCAUCAGCAACAAAGACCUUUGGCAGCGAACCAACCAACUCCCUGCAGAAGAUGAGAUUCUGGGAUGA